AACAGGCCUGCAGGCUCUCUGCUUGUUCUCCAGACUGUCAAAACAGACUCGACUUGGGAAAAUCAAGUACCAAUCAAAAUCAGAGCAGGAUGAUGAGAAGUAAAACAAAUCUUAAAAACACUUCUCCUCUCUCCCUCCCUCCUUCUCCUGGGCUCUCCAUUCUCCCUCCCAUCAUCACAAGGAGACAAGGAAUGAGUGGCAUGGUCAGUUCAUCACACGUUGUUUCUGUCCCUGCUCAGGGAGAGGGGUUGUAGUCCUUCCCCUGCUCCAGUGUGGGGUCCCUCCCACAGGAGACAGUGCUCCAUGAAGUUCUCCAGUGUGAGUCCUUCCCAUGGGCUGCAGUUAAAUCUUUUAUCCCCAAGAUGUCACCACUAUCUCCGCUGGGCUCAGCCUUGGCCAGCAGUGGGUGCAUCCUGGAGCCGGUGGCAUUGGCUCUGUCGGACAUGGGGAAAGUUCUGGCAAUUUCUCACAGAAGCCACCCCAGUAACCCCAUUGCUGCCAAAACCUGGCCAUGCAAACCCAACACACCUGACAGCUGCAUUGGGUGAUGCAGGGCCUCAUGGUGCCCUUGGGCCGUUGUGACACUGCAGGUUCUCAUGACACCAAGGGGCCAUUGUGACACAGCAGGGCCACAUCCUCCCCGUGGGGUGUUUAAGGAGCCCCUAUGGGGUACCAGCUCAAGCAGAACAUCUUGCUGAGGAAGUAGCAGCUUCCCAGGACACCUGUGGAAAAGCCAUGGAGGAGCAGAACCCCAGUCCCCAGAGCCCCAAGGAGAGGCACCAGCUGAGAGAUGGAGGGAGAGGCCAAGAGGAGGAUGGCACCAGGUGUACCAGCACCCUUCCCAGGCAGCUGCCUGCAUCCCACACCUCUUCCUCCUCCCGCCCACAGCUGCAGCAGCCUCAGGGCAGCCAGGGCCGGUCCCUGCACCGGCUGACAGUGCUCAGGAGCUCCCAGGGCCGGUCCCUGCACCGGCUGACACUGCCCAGGAGCUCCCAGGGCCAGUCCCUAACCCGGCUGACAGUGCCCAGGAGCUCCCAGGGCCGGUCCCUAACCCGGCUGACACUGCCCCGGAGCUCCCAGGACAGCCAGGGCCGGUCCCUAACCCGGCUGACAGUGCCCAGGAGCUCCCAGGGCCGGUCCCUAACCCGGCUGACACUGCCCAGGAGCUCCCAGGGCCGGUCCCUGCACCGGCUGACAGUGCCCAGGAGCUCCGAGGGCCGGUCCCUGCACCGGCUGCCAUCGCCCUGCAGCUCCCAGGGCAGCCAGGCCCCGUCCGUGUCCCGCAGCUCCCAGGGCCGGUCCCUGCCAUCGCCCUGCAGCUCGCUGAGCUCGGCGGGUACCGAGAGCCGUCUCAGCCGGGAUGAGGGGCACAAGUCCCGCCCUGGUGGCUCCUUGCAGCCGGCCACUGUGGCCAGCAGAGCCGCAGCCCGUGGCCAGCACCGGCGCGUGAGAAGCCGCGGGGCCGCCGGGCCAGAACCGGCCUCCACGAGGAAAGCAAUUUCUGACCUACAGAGAAAGGCCUCUCACCGUGUGGAACAGGAAACCCAGACUGAGACCUGGGCACAAGAGGCGGAUUCAGCUGUUCAAUAUGCUGAGCAGGAGACACAGACAGAUAGUGUGGCAGAAGAGGAGAAAAAUUCAGCUGCUCCCCUCUUGGUUGACCAGGAGACAGAAACUGAGACUCCAACACAAGACAAGAAUUCAGUUUCUCCUCAAAUCACUGACGAGUGGAGACAGACCAAGGCCCACAGCUCUGGCCCCUCCACAGGCACUCACCAGCAGCUGCUCUCCCUGUUCUGCAGGGCAUUCUGGUGCUCCCGCAGGGCUGGACAGCCUCGAGCUCCCAGCGCCCUGACGGACCUCAGGGACAGCUGCUGCUCCAGGCAGCCACAACGGCCUGAGCGCAGCACACCGGAGGAGUGGGGAUGGACGGCACUGCCGCCCUACUCUUGGCCAUGGCUCAUUGAGAUGAACCAGUUUUAAUAAAAUAUUUCAUUUCUCUAA